AUGGGCAGAGAUAUUGUAUUCCUGUUCCUUUUUCUCCUCAUUCCGGGACUGGUCCUACUCCAUCUUUUGGUUGCGCCCUAUACUAAAGUCGAGGAGUCAUUUCACGUCCAGGCUAUUCAUGAUAUUGAAACAUAUGGUAUUCCAUCGCUUGAUGAGGCUACGAACUAUCUUCAGGAACACUAUGACCACUUCAAGUUCCCCGGUGCAGUGCCCCGGACAUUCAUUGGGGCGUUGGUGUUGUCGGGACUGUCAAGACCGUUUAUCUGGUUGAAUGAGAAUGCUGACAGGCAGGUCUUUGCGCGAGCCAUUCUGGGCCUCUUCAAUGCAUCUGCCCUGAUGUCAUAUGCGUCCGGGAUAGAACGGGCAUUUGGGCAGCCUACGGCCAUUUGGUACCUGUUCUUCCAGACUAGUCAGUUCCAUGUCCUUUACUAUGCCUCGAGGACAUUGUCCAACAUGUUCGCGUUCGGGAUCUCAACUCUGGCAAUGCGGUUUCUCCUCUUCGAACCCGGUGUCCGUCACAAACACAGGGCCCAGUGCCGGUUUUCCCUAUGUCUAUUGACCGUGGCUGGUAUCAUCUUUCGAUCGGAGUUGGCUCUUUUCCUAGCGACGCAUACGCUUUUCCUCCUUCUGACGGGUCGUGUCAGUUUACUACGGGAUGUCAUACCCGCCGGGAUCCUGGGGCUCUCUAUCGGCCUGGUAUCCACAGUGUUCGUGGACUCGUUCUUCUGGCAGCAAUUCCCUCUCUGGCCGGAGCUGGCGGCUUUCAAGUUUAAUGUGGUUUCGGGUGGAGCGUCCGCUUGGGGCACCCAGCCCUGGCACUUUUACUUCUCCAACUCUAUCCCUCGUCUUUUGUUGAAUCCUUGCACUUAUCUCAUUGGAAUCCCGGUAGCGUUCAGUCUGUCCUCGACACGCGCAGCAACAGCUUACCUCCUAACCCCUUCAUUGGCGUUCGUGGCGUUGUUUAGUUCUCAACCGCACAAGGAAUGGCGCUUUAUCCUAUACGUCAUCCCACCACUCACAGCUGCGGCUGCUCUGGGCGCUUCCUAUAUCUGGACGCAUCGGACGAAGUCUAUCAUCUACCGCUUAUUGUCCAUUGUCAUGGUCCUUUCACCACUAGCCUCCUUCGCCAUCUCAACAUUCGUUCUCCUCCCUUCGUCAGCAGCUAACUACCCCGGCGCACACGCUCUGCGCGCUCUUCACGAGAACCAUGCGGACACUUCUUCCCAAUCCGAAGUCUCAGUCUACCUGGGUAACCUCGCCUGCCAAACAGGCGUGACCCGUUUCCUACAAGUUCCAUCAAACACCCCCAGUACAGUCUGGAAAUACGAUAAGACUGAAGACGAAACCAUUAAAUCCUCCUCUACUUUCUGGAACCAGUUCGACUACGCACUUAUCGAGGCUGUAGGACCUGAAGAGUGUAAACUGACCUCGUGGGCCGUCUCACGCUGGGAAAACGUUGAAUUGAUCAACGGUUUCGCUGGGAUUAGGGUCCUUCGUCCUGGUGAAAAGGCAAAGGGGUCCGUUGAGGAGAGUGCUCUGAGGAGGCUUGGUGGUGAGCGUGCGAUUGGAGCUUGGGAGAAGGGACGGGAGUUGGUGAGAAGGGUUGUUACGAGGGGGUGGUGGGUUGAGUUGAGGAUGGAGCCUAGGAUUAAGAUCAUGAGACGGGUUGAGUAG